AUGCAAUUCGUCCUCAUUGCGUGCUUGGUCGUCGUCACCACACAAGAAAUCAUUCCCCGCGAGAUUCUGUUCCAAGACGCCAAGUACUCUUCCGUAUCGCUGAGCCCCGAUGGAAAGUCGGUCGGAUACGUGGCUCCGGAUGAGCACGGCGUGAAGAACGUGUUCACCAGAUGCUCCUCGUGCUCAUUCUCGCGACAAGUCACUUUUGAGACCGAGCAUCCUGUUUUGGGUGAGUAGAUAUAUUUUUUUUUAAAGUUGUCAUUUAUUAGAAUUUGUUAGCUGACAACUUUUUGCUGUUUUUAAGGCAGAUGAGAUAUAUCGUCUUGAAUAGACUUUACAUUUAAGAUUAAGCAUUCAACUUUCAGACUUUGUCUGGACUGCCGUUCCGGAAGUGAUCAUCUUCAUUCAAGACAAUCACGGUGACGAGAAUACGCGAUUCUACAAGAAGAAUAUCUCUUCGGUGAGUGAAAUCAGUCAAACUUCUCUCUUUCUCAUCGUCACUAUCAUCUCUUCUUCAGGCGGCGAUUGCCAGCGACAAGAGUGCGCGAGUUGUGAUCAGCGACAAGCCGAAUGUGAAAGCGGUGAUGAUGGUGAACCAUCUGAUCUCGGACACCAUCCUCAUCGGACUCAACGACGAGAACCCGGCGCUCCACAACAUUUACGCGUUCAACUGCCGCACCGAUCAGCUGACGUUGGUGUUGAGGAACAAGCGGUUCCCGCAGUUCUUCUUCGACAACGAGAUGAAUGUGCGGCUGGCGAGCGAGGAGGGACCCGAUGGAGAGCUCAUUUACUACCGGCCAGUUGGGAACGAGGUGCCGACGUCGACGGAUCCGAGCCAAUGGGUCGAGUAUCUGAGGAUCCAGCACGACGACAAGGCCAUCACCCUCCCGCUCACGUUCGACAAGUCCAGCAACUUCAUGUACUGGAUCAUGGGCGAGGGCAGUGACCUCGGAAACCUCGUCGUCUUUCCCUUCGAGGAUCCGACCCAGCGUGAAAUCCUCUACACCGCCCAGAAAGCUCAGAUCGGAAACGUGCUCAUCCACCCAAUCGACAAGACCCUUCUGGCCAUCACGGAGGUCUACCACAAGCCCGAGCUGUUCGUCGCCAACGACACUUUCAUGGAGGACCUCCAAUACCUCGUGAACCUGAAGCCCCACGGCUCGUUGAGAAUCAUCAGCAUGAGCAUCGACAUGUCGACGUGGCUGGUGACGUACGCGUCGGCCGACGAGCCCAACGACAUCUACAUCUACCGGAGAUGGAACAAAAAGGCCGAGCUGUUCAUGAGCACGCGGCCGGAACUCAAAAAGUACACUCUCAACCGGCAGAUCGGCUUCGACUUCCGCGCCCGCGACGACAUGGCCAUCCAGGCGUACCUCUCGCUGCCACCGCAAGCACCACUUCUCAAGUCGUCCCAGGUGCCCGAUGGAGAUCGUGCGUAUGCGAAACUCGGAAUGAUCCCGGCUGUGCCGCAGAAGAUGGUCGUGCUCGUGCACGGAGGUCCAAAAGCCAGAGACCACUACGGAUUCUCACCGAUGAACGCGUGGCUGACCAAUCGCGGAUACGCAGUGCUCCAGGUCAACUUCCGCGGCUCCACAGGCUUCGGAAAACGACUCACGAACGCCGGAAACGGAGAAUGGGGCCGCAAGAUGCACUUUGACAUUCUCGACGCCGUCGAGUUCGCCGUCUCGAAGGGAAUCGCCAACCGAUCGGAGGUGGCCGUGAUGGGCGGAAGCUACGGCGGCUACGAGACCCUCGUCGCCCUCACCUUCACGCCGCAGACCUUUGCCUGCGGUGUCGACAUCGUCGGACCGUCCAACCUCAUCUCUCUGGUGCAAGCCAUUCCGCCCUACUGGCUCGGCUUCUACAAGGAUCUCAUCAAGAUGGUCGGCGCGGACAUUGUCACCGAGGAAGGCCGUCAGUCCCUCCAAUCCCGUUCCCCACUGUUCUUCGCCGAUCGCGUCUCGAAGCCGUUGAUGAUCAUCCAAGGAGCCAACGAUCCACGUGUCAAGCAGGCCGAAUCCGAUCAAUUUGUGGCGGCGCUCGAGAAGAAGAACAUUCCGGUCACGUAUUUGUUGUACCCGGACGAGGGACACGGAAUCCGCAAGCCGCACAACUCGAUGGAGCAGCACGGACACAUCGAGACGUUCCUCGAGCAGUGUCUGGGCGGACAGUCCCAACCGUUCCAGCCUGGACAGUACAACUCGACCGCUAUUGUAAGUUUCAAUUCAAUUCAAUUCAAUUCAAUUCACUUAUCCAUUUGCUUUCAGCUCAAGAACGUCGGAAUCGAGGCGCCGGCAAUGGCUCGUCUCAAUGCUCAGAUGGCUCCACGUGGCCCCGUCGCGCCGUCCAUCUUCUACCGUCCGCCGAUGAGAGCGCAACGUGUCAUGUACCCGCCCAAUCAGAACGUGAUGACCCGAAUCUUCCCGGUUCAAGGUUAA